AUGUCUGAAAACGCCUACCUCGAUUUCAUUAUCAACAACAUAUCCGCACAAGUCGAUUUCCUGCUGACUCAAGGUGUCCUCAACGCGUCCGACGCCAGGCUGAUCAAGCUCAAGCUGUCCAAUCCAUCCAGCAACACCGCUAACUCUGAAAGAUCAGGCGUUCCCUCCUCUGGCCUAGCUGUCCAGCCGGCUCCGUUUAACAGCCAGGCGAGCUUACCAACGAUGAGCAGACGAGGCAGUCUCAGCCAAAAGAACAACAAAGAAUCUCCUCUACCAAGUCCACCAGGUCCACCCCAAGUCUAUCCAACCCCAGCCACCCACCACAACGCCCACCAGCCACAGCAAAUCAGCCAUCCACCACCACCACCACCUCCACAAGCUCCUAUGCCCGCCCCAAUCCCAGCUUUGAAAAAGUGUGUUGCGCGCUGGGAUUACUCAGGUGAGGCUUCUGAUCUGCGUCUUAUGAAGGGCGACACUAUCAACAUUAUCGAGGAGGUUAACGCUGAUUGGUGGAAAGGUCGCAGUGAAUCUACCGGCGCAGAGGGUCUCUUCCCUAGCAACAGAGUAGAGAGAAUUGGUGCGAACCCUCAGCUGCGCAGUCUCCCUCCAGCUGCUCCUCCAUCCUCUACAUUUGGCGGUGAGAAGGAGAAGGAUGCUCAACCUCCUUCCUACAAUGGCCCUCCUGGUAUAUCUUACGGCGCUUCUACUUACGCGGAAAGCUAUCCUCAACCUGGCCAGCAAUACCCUCAACCUCCUGCUCCACCUGCCGCUGGUCCUUCUACUUACGUCCAGCAGCCUGAAGAUCCAAAGAAAAACAACAAGUUCAAGAAAUUGGGCUCUACUAUGGGUAACUCGUUUGCUGGUGGUGUUGGAUUCGGUGCUGGUGCUGGUGUCGUCUCAAGCAUUUUCAACUAA